GUGGCCGGGUCGGGAAUGACCAUGGAGUCAUCCACAACCGAUCCUGAUGAAACAACUGAAUAUCAGGAAGAAAAUGCUAAUGAAGAGGUCCAGGAUACUACAACUGAAGAAGAAAAGGAGGACGAUAACGAAAACCAAGAAGGAUCCGACGAUAAUGAAAACGAAGAAGAACCCGACGAAAACCAAGAAGGACCCGAUGGGAACCAAGAAGGACCCGAUGAGAACCUGCCUCCGGCUGACAAUAUGCUGUAAAAAUCCAGUACGAAAGAGUGAAAAAAAGGACCGAGUCAAAGAAAAAACAUCUGCUCUUCACUCUUCUUUGUUUUUGUUUUAUGGAAAUAAAAGUUGACCAAUACUGAUUUUCAUUCCAAAGUUUCUUAUCUGAAAAGCAAUAUCUGUUGUCAUCUCACUUCCUCUUACAUUUUACAGUUAGAUUUAAAACCUGUGUUUAAGCUCAUAAAAAGUUUAUAUUAGAUAAGUAAGUUGAUGCAGAAGAAUAUCUUGUGAAAGCUAAAUAACAUUGAAAUAUGCUUUACUUUUUUCUUAUGGCUCACUUCAUGUGUAAGGAAACACUUUCCACCACUUGGCAGGCUGUAGUACACAUUAACAGCCCUGAUAGUUGAAUGCCAAGUUGAAAAUAGUUUGAUAAAGAGGUGAAUGGAAGCCAAGCUCUUUGAGAGGUGUUGCCAGCCUUGUUAGUAACUAAGCACAUGUGGCUCUUGUGAUGUGAGAUGUCUGUAAGUGUAAAGGUAUUCUUGAAGGUAUUCUGAAUGACACCUUACAUGCUGAGAUGAUAAUAAACUGUUUGACGAAUAAUAAAAUAAUAAAGUUUCUUUGACCAGUC